UUCGGUUCCGCCGACCGGAAGUUCUCUGCAGGACGGCCUCCGCUGUUUCCGUCGCGUGUGGAGGUUUAUAAACAAGCGGCGAAAGUCCGGCCGUAGCCUGGGAGUCGGCGGCUGGUGCGCAACGAACUGCGGACUCCGGUCACUUCCCCGCAGGUUGCUGCAAGCUGGAGCAGAGCUGACUUCCUUCAGCAGGUGGCUCGUCUGUUAAUUUAAAAAUCUGCGGACCAGGGUUGUAUUCCGUUGCCUUGCGUCGACACUCUGGUGUGGGAUCUUUUGAAAUUGUGAAAUAUGGCCAAUGAAAAUGAAGACCUACAUAUAGUACUGGAGGAGGACGAUGAUGAUGAUGAAGAGGAAGAAAUUGAUGUUGAUUUUUUCUGGGCUAGAAUUCCACGAUCAAAUUUUCAUGAUUCUAUACCAGAAGAACGUAGUGGUCACAUAGCUGUAGCAUAUGGAAACUAUAUGUACGUUCUGGGUGGCUAUAAGAAUGCUGCAAUUCGAGGCUAUCAUGAUUUCUAUUUGCCAAGAGAAGAACUUUGGAUCUAUAACAUGGAAACUGGACAAUGGAAUAAGAAAUUCACAACGGGUGAUGUUCCUCAGUCCAUGUCAGGAAGUUGUGCAGCUUGUGUGGAUGGAGUGCUGUAUUUGUUUGGAGGGCAUUAUGCCAUAGGCAACUCAAAUGAGUUAUAUAUGUUAAAUCUGAGAUCCAAAGACAGAAUACUGCAUUGGCAGAGAAUAGAAAACUUCAAAGGAAUGCGACCAACACCCAAAGAUAAGCUUGGCUGCUGGGUGUACAAGAACAAAGUGAUUUUCUUUGGUGGCUAUGGUUAUCAACCUCAAGAGAAAUGCCAUGGAUCAUUUGAAUUUGAUGAAUCAUCAUUUUGGAAUGCAAGUCAUCCAAGAGGCUGGAAUAAUCACGUCCACAUUAUUGAUCUUGAAACUUUUACAUGGUCCCAGCCCCUUACAAAGGGAAAGCCCCCCACACCUAGAGCAGCUCAUGCUUGUGCAACAGUUGGGAACCGCGGUUACGUAUUUGGAGGAAGAUAUCAGGAUGUCAGGACCAAUGAUCUCUAUUACCUUGACUUGGACAGAUGGGAAUGGAAUGAAGUGGUACAGUCACUCGAUCAAAUCCCUGUUGGCCGCUCUUGGCAUUCACUCACUACUAUCUCAAAUGAUCAUCUCUUCCUGUUUGGAGGUUUCACAACUGACAAACAACCGUUAAGUGAUGCCUGGAUAUACAGUCUGAGCAAGAAUGAAUGGUUAAAGGUAGAACACAAUUAUUCUGACAAACCAAGGCUUUGGCAUUCUGCUUGUACAAAUGAUGAGGCAGAAGUGAUUGUUUUUGGCGGAUGUGCUAACAAUUUGUUAGCUCGACAACAAGCAGCUCAUAGUAAUGACAUCCUGAUCUUCUCAGUACAACCAAAGUCUCUUGUCAGGUAGGAGAAUGAUCUUGUCAGACUUUGCCUAGAGGCAGUGAUCCACUAUAAAGAAAUGCUUGCCAAUAUAUGGGACUGUCUUCCAAAGCAUCUUCUUCUUAAUAUCAAUCAACGAGCUGGAAGCAGCAACACAUCUGGAUCAUGAGUUCUGCCAAUAUA